CCGACCAUGAGCACCUCCAGUCUGACGAUAAUUCUCGUUGAAGGCCCCCUCCAGACGCCCCUCGUCUAAGAAAGACUGACAAUCGGUCUUCGCCACGCAGGGUAUCCAGUAGUCCACCCCACCCUGCCAAGCUGCUCCGAUGUCGAGACAGCGAAUUUCCCUCACGCACUUCACAGGAUGACGCGGAUGCCAUUACCGAAGUCGUCCAAGGCUUGGUCGAAGAAGAGAAGUUCGUGGCAGUUGCGAUGCACUCCUACGGCGGUAUCGUGGGUACCGAAGCUAUCCCUGAGGACCUCACCCACGCUGCACGGCACGCUCAGGGACACAACGGCGGGGUGCUACACUUGUUUUACUUUGCUGGGGUUAUCCUUUCCAAAGGGCAAUCUGUGCUCGGGACAUUCGGCGAGUCGCCCAAUAACGAUGUGCAGCCCGACGGCAAGGUUAGACUCAAGAAUGGCACCACAAUAAUCUACAGCGACCUCCCCGCCGAAGAGGGAGCGUUGUGGGAAUCGCGCCGUGUCCCCCAGUCGUAUGCGAUGCAGACCACGUGCUCCACGCGGGCGGCGUACGAGUACUUUCCUUCGACCUACCUGGUGUGCGAGGGAGAUUAGGCCGUUCCGCCGACCUUCCAAGAGGGGUUUGCGGGGUUGGCCCGGGCGGAAGUCGAUCGGUGCAGCGCGGGC